UUCCGAAAACCGAUCAGGGCGCUCUCUCGUUUUCAAUUUCUGUCCCACUUAGACUUAGGUCAAAAUGCUAACUUUAUCUAUGCAUUUGGAUCGGCGGCUAGUUGAUUGAUUAGUUUUAGUGAGGGUAUUGGGAGAUUUUUCCGGUAGAAAGCUUUGAAAUGAAUAAUAACUAUGCACGAGGUGGAGGAGGAAGGUAUCCGCCUGGAAUUGGUCGUGGUGGUGGUGGUGGGAAUUAUUAUGGAAACCCUAAUCCUAAUUUUCAACAACAGAAGAAUUAUCAACAACAACAGUAUGCACAAAGGAAUCCAGUGCAUCACCAGCAGUUUCAACAACAACAACAGUGGCUGAGAAGAAACCCUGUGGAAAAUGAUUCGAGUGUGGUUGAUGAAGUCGAAAAGACUAUACGGUCAGAAGCUACUGACCCUAGUUCCCAAGAUUGGAAGGCACAGUUGAGGCUCCCACCAGCUGAUACGCGAUACAGGACAGAAGAUGUGACAGCCACCAAAGGCAAUGAAUUUGAAGACUACUUUCUCAAGCGUGAGUUGCUUAUGGGGAUAUAUGAGAAGGGUUUUGAGAGGCCCUCUCCAAUUCAGGAAGAAAGCAUCCCCAUUGCUCUCACGGGAAGCGAUAUUCUUGCAAGAGCUAAAAAUGGGACUGGGAAAACAGCCGCUUUCUGCAUUCCUGCUUUAGAAAAAAUUGAUCAAGAUAGCAAUGUUAUUCAAGUUGUUAUACUUGUUCCAACUCGAGAGUUGGCUCUUCAAACAUCACAAGUUUGCAAAGAACUUGGAAAACACCUAAAGAUUCAAGUCAUGGUUACCACUGGUGGAACCAGCUUAAAAGAUGACAUAAUGCGACUGUAUCAGCCAGUUCAUUUACUUGUUGGUACUCCUGGAAGAAUAUUGGAUCUUUCGAAGAAGGGGAUCUGCGUACUUAAAGAUUGUGCGAUGCUUGUUAUGGAUGAGGCUGAUAAGCUCUUGUCACCCGAGUUCCAGCCUUCAGUAGAGCAGCUGAUUCACUUUAUGCCUACAAAUCGUCAAAUUUUAAUGUUUUCAGCAACGUUUCCUGUUACAGUUAAGGAUUUCAAAGAUAGAUACCUGCAGAAACCGUAUGUUAUUAACCUCAUGGAUGAGCUUACGCUUAAGGGAAUAACACAAUUCUACGCUUUUGUUGAAGAAAGGCAGAAAGUUCACUGCCUGAAUACUCUUUUCUCAAAGCUUCAAAUAAACCAAUCGAUCAUUUUCUGCAAUUCUGUAAAUCGGGUCGAACUACUAGCCAAGAAAAUUACGGAGCUUGGUUACUCUUGUUUCUACAUUCAUGCAAAGAUGCUCCAAGAUCAUCGUAAUCGAGUGUUUCAUGAUUUUCGUAACGGGGCUUGUAGGAAUCUUGUCUGUACUGAUUUAUUCACAAGGGGUAUCGAUAUUCAAGCAGUAAAUGUCGUUAUCAAUUUUGACUUCCCGAAAAACUCGGAAACAUAUCUUCACAGGGUUGGUCGAUCUGGGAGAUUCGGACACCUUGGGUUAGCUGUAAAUCUGAUCACAUAUGAAGACCGCUUCAAUCUGUAUAGGAUUGAACAAGAACUUGGAACUGAGAUAAAGCAAAUCCCUCCGUUCAUUGAUCAGGCUAUUUAUUGUCGGUAGUUGGACAAUCGUGGUAGGGGAACUUGGAAGAUGGCGAUUGUAGGAUGGAAGGUGUUGCCGUAUGUUACCCGUUUCUUUUGAAAUCUAAAGACGACGCUUGGCUUUUGGAAAGAAGUUCGAUAUUUUGUGAUGGGAAACUAAGAAGUUUUUCUUUUCUUUUGUUAUGUUGGAAUCUUCGAUUCCUAACCAAAAUCGAAAACUAAGAAAUGCGAGGCUAGUGGCGAUGGAUGAUGUCUUGUGUGGAAGGAGCUUGAUGUGUUUUUUUUAGUUAACCGAGUAGUUUUUCUUUUAUAGACUCGUGUUUCGUUUUCUAUUUACGUAUUUAUUCGGUC